GCGCAGGAGGGGAGGCCCGCGACUGAUCGCUUUUUAGCGAUUUCGGCAGAACCUAUCCCUAGCAGAUCUCCCUACUCCCAUCCCCGCCGGCCGCCGCCAUUCUGUUGGGGGUGCUGGGUGCUCCUCCUUCCCUUCUCCGGCUUGGCGAGCUAUACGCUCUCCUCCUUGCUGGAAUCACUCAUUCCCUCACAAUAGCAGCUGUACCUGGACCUAAGUUUAUUUUUUAUCUUGAAGUUCACUCCGAUAAUGGCCCUCUCUCGGAGGUUUCUGAAUCUGAUCAUGGACAGCCGCUUCCCAGAAUCCAAAUCGCUGCGCUGCAUCGACCUCACGCUCCACAAUUUCUUCAACGCUACUCCACCGAACCGAAACGGACCAGAGUCCAAAGUUGUCGCGGCUGAUGCCUGCAUCCAGAAGCAGAACAAUAAUAAGGAGGAGGCCGCCACCGCCACCGUAAGCAGCAUGGAUAGGAUUCAACUUCCAAGCCCCAUCUUCAACUUCCAAGCUUCACGUUCAGACCAGUCGGGACGCUGCUUUAUCUUUGAGGCGGAAGAAGACGCGUGGUUAUGCUGCCCUGUCUUCACCAGCCCAAGGAGAUACCCAUCUCCAUCUUCGUCCCCUGCCUGGAGGAAGCCGGUGACUUCGACGGUGGCAACCUUUACAUAAUGGAUAAGAGGAGUAAAACAGGAAAGUUAGGAAACAAUCAAUUCGAGGCCUUCAUCUACUGCCACUAUCGUGGAAGCAGCACCUUGAAGUCCUGGACCCGCCAGAUCCUCCUGCCACCGCCAUGUAUCUAUGACAGAGCAUACUUGGGCAGGUACCUGGAGAUCAGUUCCUAUGCUUUGCUUGGUGACGGCUCGAACAUCUGCAUCUCUGUAAAAGGUGUCGGCACCUAUUGUAUGGACAUGCGGAGCUUCACAUGGAGCCACCUCGGCAAAUGGAUGCUACCCUUCACCGGCAAGGUUGAGUAUGUACCUGAGCUCAAGCUCUGGGUUGGCAUUUCUGCCGACACCCAAGACUUGGCUGCUGCUGAUCUCUCAUCGAUGAAUUCCCAGCCACAGCUACUAGCUACUUGUAAGGAGUUUGACCAGCCAGAGGAAUGGAAGCGAUGCAAGGAUUCUCAACUUGUCAACCUUGGCUCGGGCAAGUUCUGCAUUGCAAGGUUCUUUCACAAUAAGACUCCCCAAGGGGACUCCGAUGAAUUAAUUGGGAAGAACAUUACUGUCUUGACCGGUGUGGAGGUGGUGCCGAGUGUUUAUCAUGCCAAUGGCAACGACAACAGUAGGAAAGGGGAACUCCAAAUGAUCCCUCAUAAAUCGAGAUUGUAUGCUGGCAGCGAUACCAUCUGGGCAGUGUUGUGAACAAGUUCGGACAUUCUCCUGUGCUGUCCAUUUCAUACUUCGAUGUAUUUUGAUAGUCACCUCUGCAGUGGUUUGUAAUGAAGUCAUGCUACCAUUUAAUGGCACUCUUAAUUUGUGUUAUCUCCUUAUAUGAGUGA